UUUUUUCAUUGAGCAAUAGUGCUGAAAUGUCGAGACAUUAUGACCACAGCAGGUCCAGUUCUUGCUACCAGGCCAUUUUCAGCUACAAAAUUGUGCUUCUGGGCGCCAGUGGAGUGGGCAAGAGUUCCAUCUGCCAGUUCUUCACCAAAGGAGAGUUCAGCGACAACCUCGCCAGCACAGUCGGAGCCACUUUCCACCUGCAGAAGAUUCAAUUGCAGACCGGCAAGGAGAAUGGGGAGAGUGUGACACUGAAGGUGUGGGACACAGCUGGACAGGAGAGGUUCAACAGUCUGCUGCCCAUGUACUACAAUGGAUCACAGGGUGCAUUUGUAGUCUACGACAUCACCCGCUAUGUGAGUCAAACGAGGCCAAACUAG